AUGGAUCAAUAUCGUGUCAUCCGUCAACCUCUCAACACUGAGACCGCUAUGAAGAAGAUUGAGGAACACAACACCUUGACCUUCCUCGUUGAUGUUAAGGCUAACAAGAACCAAAUCAAGGAUGCCGUCAAGCGUCUUUAUGAUGUUGAGGCUGCCAAGAUCAACACUCUCAUCAGACCCGAUGGUUACAAGAAGGCUUUCGUUCGUCUCACCGCUGAUGUCGAUGCCCUCGAUGUUGCUAACAAGAUUGGCUUCAUCUAA